ACUCGCGAAGUUCGCCAUCACGCACGGCUCAAGGAGUGUCGACCGGGAUAUUUCUAGUCCGGUUCUUUUCACGGACUUAGUACCUGAGUAUCGCGGAUGCCCGGUGCAUCUACGCGGCGCACGGUCGAGUGUUCUCGUCAUAUGUAUAUAUACCUCGCGCUUGUUUGUCUCGAUUUUAUCGAGCUGCGUGUAUCGUGUCGACUCUGUGACGAAUGUGAGAGCCGAAAAUAUGACCGAUAGGAUCGUCGUAAAACCGAGGCGAAAGCGGCUCGACGACCCUUCCGGGUCAAGGUCGUCGGAGAGGUCGGAUAGACCAGACAGACCAGAUAAAUCAGAUAGACCGAAAGAACCGGCGAGACCGCCGAGAACGAGGACGCAGCAGGUCGCGUAUGCGACGACAACUAACAAUUCUGAUUUCGGGAAUGUCAUGCAACGCAGCACAUUUGCGAAGACGCAGCAGAAACCGACCGAGAAGGCCCCGAUGACGACUCUUGAUGAAAACGUGAAUCGCGUACCACAACAACAGCAUAAGAUAACCGAAAAUAUGGAUAAUUUAGGAGAGAACGACCGGAUAGAAAGGAUCGCGCCGAUGAAUGCCCAGACUCCGGACACAUUAACGGACGAGGGGCGGCCUGUCCAAGUGGUACUUGCCCAUCCAGAUCAUACCUUCGAAUUAGAUGAAGAGGCAUUAUCUGAAAUUCUAUUACAUGACGACGUGAAAGAUAGAAAUGUGGUUGUGGUGUCUGUUGCAGGUGCCUUUAGGAAAGGCAAAAGUUUCCUUCUUGAUUUUUUUCUUCGUUACAUGGACUGCAAGUACACAUUACAAAAUAGCGAUAAUACCGAUUCUUGGUUGGGCGCUGAAGAUGAACCGUUGAGUGGUUUUUCGUGGAGGGGCGGUUCCGAGAGGGACACCACGGGAAUACUGAUGUGGUCCAAGGUGUACCCCACUACCUUGGCGAAUGGUGAGAAGAUCGCAGUGAUUCUUAUGGACACUCAAGGCGCGUUUGACAGUCAAUCGACGGUGCGGGACUGCGCGACGGUGUUCGCGUUGAGUACAAUGCUGUCCUCCGUGCAAAUAUAUAAUCUGUCGCAAAACAUUCAAGAAGACGAUCUUCAACAUUUACAACUAUUCACCGAGUACGGUAGAUUGGCGCUGGAGAGUUCUGAUAGCACGCCUUUUCAGAGACUACAGUUUUUAAUCAGGGACUGGGUUUACCCGUAUGAGGCUGAUUAUGGAGCAAACGGCGGAAAGAAGUUGCUCGACAAGAGAUUAGAAAUCUCCGAUAGGCAACAUGCGGAAUUACAGAGUUUGCGAAAGCACAUUAAAUCCUGCUUUUCGGAUAUUUCUUGCUUCCUCAUGCCGCAUCCCGGUCUCGAAAUUGCAACGAAUCCAAAAUUCGACGGUAGAUUAUCAGAAAUACAAUCCGAGUUCAAAAAACAAUUGAAAGUACUUAUACCAAUGAUAUUAGCGCCACAAAAUCUGGUAACCAAGAAGAUUAAUGGUCAAGUUGUGAAAGCGAAAGAUUUGUUGGAGUAUUUCAAAAGUUACAUCAAUCUUUACAAAGGAGAUGAACUUCCUGAACCAAAAAGUAUGCUUGUGGCUACAGCAGAAGCUAACAACUUAACAGCUGUAGCUGAAGCUAAAGAUUUGUACCUUCAAAUGAUGGAAAACGUAUGCGGUGGAUCGAAACCGUUUUUAGCGACCGCGCAUUUAGAAUCAGAACAUCAUCAUUGCAUGGACUCGGCUCUUCGCCAAUUCCAAAAUAAACGAAAGAUGGGUGGAGAAGAAUUUAGUCAAAAAUAUAUGGAAAAAUUGAUUAAGGACAUGGAUGAAGCUUUCUUACAAUUCAAGGCGCACAACGAAAGCAAAAAUAUCUUUAAAGCAGCACGAACGCCGGCAGUAUUUUUCGCAAUUGCCGUUACCAUGUAUAUUUUGUCUGGAAUAUUUGGUCUUGUUGGUCUAUAUACAAUAGCAAAUAUAUGCAAUCUUAUUAUGGGUAUCGGUCUCCUCACUCUUGUUUUAUGGGCAUAUAUAAGAUAUAGUGGAGAAUUCAGAGAAAUUGGCACACAAAUAGAUGACUUAGCCAGUAAAUUAUGGGAAAAUUGUACUAAUGAAAAACGAUAUUUAAGAAAGCUGAGUGCUAACAGGAACAAAUAUCGAAAAGGUAUGUUCAUGAAGCCACUCUACCAACAAUUUGUGGAGAAGUCAGUAUCUGUAGCAGUGGCGCAGGCUGCUGAAGUGGCGGUAACAAAUUCAACAUUGAAUGCCACUGCCAAUGGCAAGCCUAAAUUAUUGUAAUACUUCAUUCCCACAAUAUCUCGAUUGUCUAAAUGGAUUCACAUACUGCAUUCUUGUGUGCGAAUGCCAACAAGUGACAUAAUCAAAUUUUACAAUAUGUUAUUUUCUUGACAUACCGCCAUGAAUAGUUUUCUCUGUUUAAACUGGAUUAAACAUUAUGGCUUAAACGUACUAAUUUGAAAUGACUGUGAAUGUAUAUAUGAUGUAUUCUAAUUAUGAAAAAGAAAAACAGUGUUAGAUUGGUGAAAAUCAUGAUAUUACUAGUAUUACCUAGUAUAUCCUUGAUAUAUAUAAUGUUGUUAUAAAAAUAAAAUCUUGUACUGGUGAAAGAUAUCAUUAUUGUAGCUUGAUCUGAAAAUGUUUUAUGACGGGGAUGUUAAUAUAUAUUUAAAGUUAUUAUGAAUUAAAAAAGUAGAAAAGUGC